CCAAAGUGCAAGAGAUGACUGUUCUGUGAUUAUAAAAGACAGGGGCAAUCUAAAUCUAACUGAAGGAAAAGAUUCGAACUGUAGAAGUGUUUGUAACUGCUGUCGAAAAUCUUUUAAGGACUGUAGCAACAUAUAUCUCAGAGAGUUGAAAAUGAGUGACCAGGGAAGUGUAAACGACACAGAAAUUGAAGCUGAUGUUGACGAGGUGGCAUCAGAUUCUGCUUGCGUACAUGACGAGUCAGUUGAUGAGAUGCACAUAGCAGGCAACUCAACUUGGGCGCUGCUUCCCAUGGUGCAGGAAGAAGAGGUGGCUGUGGAGAUCUGGCCACCCAGUGUCACAGAGCACUCAGGACUGGAGCAGCUUCCCUCACCCUGUGACACCAGCAGCACAUCACAUGACAGUGAUACUUAUGAUAGUGACUGUGCUAGUAUUGACAUCAAUGAAAACAAUAUUUGUUUAUUUCAUUUCAACGAUUUUUGUAUUGGUAACUAUAAUAGAAAUAAUGGAGUAUUGUCAGUUUUUCACAUAUGCAAUUAUUCAUUUUUUAACUAUAACAUUCAUAACCGAAAUUUUCGUUUUGUUGUGUAUAAUGGCUCAAACAGUAUCCCGUCAUUGUUAUCAAUAGUACGUGAUAUUGUAUUUAAUAUAUUUUAUAUGUCUACAGAUACUUAUAAUUGCGAUUAUACUAAUACUGAUAUCAAUGAAAACUUUGUUUGGUUACUUCGUUUCCAUGAUUUUUAUAUUCUUAGAUAUAACAGAAAUAAUGAAACGUUAUCAGUUCUUGACAUCGGCAAGUAUUCAAUUUUUAGUUAUAACUUUCGUAACCGAAAUUUUCAUUUUAUGAGGUAUAAUGGCUCAUUGUUAUCAAUAUUACGUGAUAUUGUAUUUAAUAUAUUUUAUAUGUGUAGAGAUACUGGUAAUCACGAUUAUACUAAUACUGAGACCAAUGGAAACAAUAUUUGAUUACUUAAUUUUCACGAUUUUUUUAUUGGUAACUAUAACAGAUAUAAUGAAACAUUAUCAGUUCUCGAGAUAGGCAAUUAUUUUUUUAUUUAUAAUAUUCGUAACCGAAAUUUUGGUUUCAUUAGGUUUAAUGGCUCAUUCAGUCUCUCUUCAUUGUUGUCAAUAGAAUUCGAUAUUGUAUUUAAUAGAUUUUAUACAUAUAUAUACUUUAUAUCUUAUAAUGAAAUCAAUAUUAUGUUAGUGUUGCAGUUAGUAUUGCUAUUGUAUAUUUUAUAAAUAAUCGAUAUGCACUAUUAAACUGAAAAUAAAACGAUUGUUUAGUUGUAAUAUUCGUACCCGAAAUUUUGUUUUCAUUAGGUUUAAUGUCUCAUACAGCAUCUCUUUAUUGUUGUCAAUAGAAUUCGAUAUUGUAUUUAAUAGAUUUUAUAUAUAUAUAUUACUUAUAUAUCUUAUAAUGAAAUCAAUAUUAGGUUUGUGUUGCAGUUAGUAUUACUAUUGUAUAUUUUAUAAGUAAUCGAUAUGCACUAUUAAACUGAAAAUAAAACGAUUGUUUAGUUAUAAUAUUUGUAACCGAAAUUUUGUUUUCAUUAGGUUUGUUGUCUCAUACAGCAUCUCUUUAUUGUUGCCAAUAGAAUUCGAUAUUGUAUUUAAUAGAUUUGGUAUGUAUAUUACUUAUAUAUGUCGUAAUGAAAUCAAUAUUAUGUCAGUGUAACAGUUAGUAUUGCUAUUGUAUAUUUCAUAAAUAAUCCUUAUGCACUAUUAAACUGAAAAUAAAACGAUAAUCCAUGGAAAGAAGA